AUGGAUUUACCUAAAAAUGAUGAUGCAGAAUCUGAAGAUGAUCCGGAUAUUGAGUUCAGAAAAACACUUAAGGAAACGCUUGAAAGGUUACGCAAACUACCAACUUCCGCUGAAGAAAUGGAAAUGCCUGUUGCAAAAAAAGAUGUAAUGGAUGUUUAUAUCCGACUAUGCAACGCUCUUAAGGUGCCAGAAUGUUCUGUCUUUUUGUCAUGCAUAGAAAGCGAAUUAAUGGAUUUGUCAUAUCAAUGUAUUGGACCUUUGGGCAUCAUAGCUGUUGCUAAAGCUUUGAUGCCAUGCAAAACUGUGAAGGAUCUUAAUUUGUCUUAUAAUAAACUUGGAUCCAAAAGUUUACGUUACAUACCAACUCUUAUAAGCAACAAUGAAAAUAUAAUUCGUUUAAAUUUGAGAUGCAACGAAAUAAACAAGAACAGCGCAGAUCAUUUGAGAGAUCUUAUUUCAGUGUGCCAUUGUGUGGAAUAUUUAGAUCUGGCGGAGAACAAUCUUGGCGACGAAGAGUUUAUGGAAAUAGCAGCAGCGUUGGCGAAAAUUGACAGAACCAAAGAGCUUAUUUUGAGUAGAAACGAUGCAGGUCCAGACUGUGGGUUGGUUUUCGGUUCAUUGAUAAGUAAGUGCAGUGCUUUAGAGAAACUGGAUCUAAGUUACAAUCAUAUAGAAAUAGGAGCUGCUGGUCUUUUUAAUGCUUUAAAAAAUUCGAAUCUGAAACAUCUUGAUUUUUCCAAGAAUGGCAUUAAUGACAUGAUUGCAUCCGAUAUAGCCAAAGGUCUUCGCACCAACAAAACUUUGCAAAUACUGGAUUUGAGUAGCAAUCACAUCACGAAUAAAGGCAUUUCUGAAAUAGCACCUGCCUUUAAAAAGUGUACAACACUUGAAGUGCUUCGAUUGAAUAAUAAUCCUUUUCAUGGACCUGGAGCAAGUGUAGUUCUAAAUUCAAUUGGCGAAAAUUUGAAGCUGUUGGACUUAUCGUCUAUAAAAGGAAAUCUUACCUUUGAGAAAACGCUAGCCAAAUAUAAAAAAAGCGGAAGAACUAUUCAGGUGUUAUACGGAUCGAAAGUCCGCUACGAUCCUUUCUCAAGAGAGUAUUGGAAAACGGACACCGACACCAUAAACGAGACUAAUGCGCUGGCUUGUGCACAGAAACUUGCAGAUGAAAAGGGACUUUCUCUUAAAAAUGUUUUUAAAGGUAUCCACGCUAGUUUUCUUCUUCAAAAGUUUGAAGCCGCCCAGAGCGCUGAUGAAGACACUAAAAAGGAUGAUAAAGAAGAUGCUGGCAAAAUGACAAUAGAUGACUUCGCUAAAGGUUUGGUGAAUAGUCCGCUGGCCGUUCCGAAAGCCACGGCUAUUGAGUUAGCUAAAGCAUUGAGUGUGGAAGAGAAGGUAGAUUUGUGGGAUAUAAUUCCGAGGAUUAAGUUAAGACCUGAUGAUCUCGCCGUAAAGCCGAAGGUCAAGAAACAGGAGCCACCUGCUGAAAAAUCGAAAGAUAAGAAAAAGAAAAAAUAG